GUGGAACACUGCGACACACAGCUCACCAGUUUGGGUACUACUGAAAAAAAAAAACCACAAUAAUGGCUCAGACUAACGUUAUGCCAAUGGGCCCUUGGAAGAUCACCGUGUACGACCAGGAGUACUUCCAGGGCAGACGCAUGGAGUUCACCGCCUGCUGCCAGAACAUCAUGGAGUGUGGCAUGGAGAACAUCCGUUCCCUGAAGGUCGAGUGUGGCGCCUGGGUGGGAUACGAGCACUCCAGCUUCUGCGGACAGCAGUUUGUCCUGGAGAAGGGAGACUACCCUCGCUUUGAGGCCUACAGCGGCAGCAACUCCUACCGCAUCGAGAGGAUGAUCUCCUUCAGGCCCAUCUGCUGCGCUAGCCACAAGGAGUCCCGCAUGACCAUCUACGAGAUGGAGAACAUGAUGGGUCGCCAGUUCGAGAUGUGCGAUGACUACCCCUCUCUGCAGGCCAUGGGCUGGUUCAACAACGAGGUUGGAUCCAUGCACGUUCAGAGCGGAGCCUUUGUGUGCUACCAGUACCCUGGAUACCGCGGACACCAGUACAUCAUGGAGUGCGACUGUCGCGGAGGAGAGUACAAGUGUUACCGUGAGUUUGGCUCCCACUCCCAGACUCCCCAGAUUCAGUCCAUCAGGAGGAUCCAGCACUAAGAGGGGAGCAUUUCCUUCACAUUUCCAAAUCUCCUCCUCCUCCUCCUCCUUCCUCUCCUCCUCUCCCUCCUCUGGCACUUCCAUCCCACCUUCUCUUCCUCCUCUCCCCCAAAACCUCCGGCUCCGUCGGUCCAGCUAGUCUCGGCGGGAUCCUGAGCUGGAGUUCAGGUGCUUACUGGUGUCAAUUGUUCACAGCACUUUUUUUUUUAAAGAAACAUCACAAAAGAAAGGAAAGAUGUAAGAAAGACAGAAAAUAGGAAUGACAGAAUUGAGAGAAAAAGCUGAAUCAGUGUGAAAGAAAGGCCUCUGCCGGGGCGACUGCAGAACUGUGAGAACACCUCAAAGUUUUUGCUCUUUUUUUUCACCUCCACCAUUGAUGACAUCAUCAUCAUCAUGAUCGUCCUCAUUGUCUUCUACAUCAAUACAACCACCAGUCUUGCUGUUACUGUGAUUUCCAUGACUGCAUAUG